GCGGCGGGUGUUGGGUUCAGUCAGUUGUGAGACCAGAGCUGCUGACCCACCGAGCGGCUGGCGGGACAGGAGCCAGACCAGCAGGCGGAGGCGAGCUCGGCGCCGUGAGCCUGGCCCAGUCCUCGAGUCGGCCCGCAGCCCGGCGCCCGCCGUCGUUCCCCGCCCCCACCACCAAACCGCCGCCGCUGGCGCGCCCCCGUGCUGCGCUCCUCUCCGAUGGCGUCCGCCUCCGGGGCCAUGGCGAAACACGAGCAGAUCCUGGUCCUUGACCCGCCCACAGACCUCAAAUUUAAAGGCCCCUUCACAGAUGUAGUCACUACAAAUCUUAAAUUGAGAAAUCCAUCGGAUAGAAAAGUAUGUUUCAAAGUGAAGACUACAGCUCCUCGUCGGUACUGUGUGAGGCCCAACAGUGGAAUUAUUGAUCCAGGGUUGACUGUGACUGUUUCAGUAAUGCUACAGCCUUUUGACUAUGAUCCAAAUGAGAAGAGUAAACAUAAGUUUAUGGUACAGACAAUUUUUGCUCCACCAAACACUUCAGAUAUGGAAGCUGUGUGGAAAGAGGCAAAACCUGAUGAAUUAAUGGAUUCUAAAUUGAGAUGUGUAUUUGAAAUGCCCAAUGAAAAUGAUAAGUUGGGUAUAACUCCACCAGGGACUACUGCAGCUGUCACUUCAUUGAGCAGCAUCAACAACACAGUUGCAACACCUGCCAGUUAUAACAUGAAGAAUGAUCCCAGGGGACUCAGUGUGUUCAAACAGGAGAAGCAGAAGAAUGACAUGGAACCUAGCAAAGCUGCUCCACUGAAUGCAUCUAAACAAGAUGGACCCAUGCCAAAACCACAUAGUGUUUCACUCAAUGAUACUGAAACAAGAAAACUAAUGGAAGAAUGUAAAAGACUUCAGGGAGAAAUGAUGAAACUGUCGGAAGAAAAUCGACACCUGAGAGAUGAAGGCUUAAGGCUCAGAAAGGUAGCACAUUCGGAUAAACCUGGAUCAACCUCCGCUGCAUCCUUCAGAGAUAAUGUCACCAGUCCUCUUCCUUCGCUUCUUGUUGUAAUUGCAGCCAUUUUCAUUGGAUUCUUUCUAGGAAAAUUCAUCUUGUAGAGUGAAGCAUGCAGAGUGCUAUUUCUUUUUUUUCUCUUGACCAGAAAAAGAUUUGUUUACCUACCAUUUCAUUGGUAGUAUGGCCCAUGGUGACCAUUUUUUUUUGUGUGUACAGCGUCAUAUAGGCUUUGCCUUUAAUGAUCUCUUACGGUUAGAAAACACGAUAAAAACAAACUGUUCGGCUACUGGACAAAUUGUAUAUUACCAGGUCAUCAAUAGCAGAUGUCAGUUGCACAUUCAGUCCUUUAUGAAAUUCAUAAAUAAAGAAUUGUUCUUUGUGGUUUUAAUAAGAGUUCAAGAAUUGUUCAGAGUCUUGUAAAUGUUAUUUUAAUAAUCCCUUUAAAUUUUAUCUGUUGCUGUUACGUCUUGAACUAUGAUUUAUUUAGAUUGCUAAUCCCACUCAUUCAGGAAAUGCCAAGAGGUAUUCUGUGGGGAAAUGGUGCCUCUUACAGUGUAAAUUUUGUCCUUUACCUUUGCUAAUAUCAUGGCAGAAUUUUUCUUAUCCCUUGUGAGGCAGUUGUUGACUGAGUUUUUCAUCCUUACAAUCCUGUCCCAUGGUAUUUAACAAUUAAAAAAAAUAAAAACUGUUAACAGAUUCUUGCUCGAUAGCUUGUUUGUGUCUGUUGUAUCAUUAGACGGGGAUGUCAGGGAGGCCACUGUAUGGUCAUUUGAAAUUUAUCGGGCACAUUCUUUCUCACAUUGAAACCCUUGCAGAUAUUAGUGUUUGUAAUUAAAAAAGUCCUCAUUGUAUUAAGGAAAAGAACUGAUAAACUUUCAAGUUGAUUUUGGUAUUUUGGAAGAUCAUAAUCAGUUUGUCUUCAAGAUAAUGUGAAAUAAGCAUGCCAUCAGAAUAAAUGUACUGUAAUUUUAGUCUGUAUGUAUGCCAUUUGGCUGUACUGCGUUUAAUUUACCACAUUCUUAGAUUAUUUUAGUAUCUUCUCAAGGAAGACUAAUUUCCUUUGUUCUAGUCGAGUCCUUUUUAACUAGCCUAUUAAUUUUUAAUGUUAUGAAUUAAAUACUUACAUAAUACUUGAAACAUUUCACAGUAAUAGUUAAAAGUGGGUGUUUUUUCUUGCCCAAUUUGACACUCAGAUUUCCAUUAUGGAAAUUUGUUAUUACCGAACAACCUUGGGGAUUUUCUUUGUGAAAAAUAACUUCAUCCUUUGCACAUCUGUCUGUUAACGCCAUGAAGCACAUUUUCAGUAUAAAUUUGCAUUGUAGGGUCUGGUACUUUUCUGCACUUAGUCUUCUGUCUUUGUUUAUUCCAUUUGUACUAGGAUGAGAAAUUUUGGAACCAGAGAAAAUAUAUUCAAUUUUUUUAACUGAGUACAAUCUAAUGCAAGUGAAUUUUGAUUCUUGAAAAUAAAUAGGUGUAGGUUUUCAUAAAAUGGGCACUUCUGCCUGAAAGCGAAAUUGGACUUUGGACUUGAUGUGGUGCAGUGAAGUAUGCUAGGCCCAGGUCUGUGUGCAUGCACAUUUUAUAAAAUAGUGAAAUGUUCUGAAGUGUUUUGGUUGCCUUUUCAUUUCAAGUGUGUUUUAAAUUUGUCAGAUCACAUGUAUUGUGUCAUUGUGCUCUGUGGUAUCUUUUAUAAAAUCUCUUGCUUGUGUGCAAAAAUGACAAAAAACAAACACAAGUAAUGCCUGCCUGUUGUUAGCCUGCUACUGCAGCUGCCGUUUCUGUUUCGUGCUGUACUAUCAUUGUAAAAGUUCCCUACCUUUCUGAUAACUGGAAAUGCAUGCUAAAAAAGCCCUGCAUUUUCAUCCCAUAAAUGCAGUUAGUAAUUCUUUGGCUUAAAGCUCUCUGUAAUCUAUAUUAUUGGUGAUAUGUACCAAACUUGGUAUUUCAUAGCUAUCUUCUUUUUUUUUUUUCCUUCCAGUUUUAAGUUCUUAAGAAUUUAGCAAAAUCCCGUUUUAUUGGAAUGAUCCUUAGAAUUCAUUUUGUUCAGCCCCUUUGUUUUAUUGUUGAGGAAUCUGAGGCCUUAAUGAGGGUUAAGAAAACUUCCCCGUGUCUCUUAGGUAGGUAGAGGCAGAGCUGGAACUAGAAUAUGCUCUCCUGACUCCAGCUGUGUCUUUUCUGGUCACUUUGUAGAAAAAAUUGCCCUAAUUUGACAGAUGACUGAAAUAAUGAGCACAAGAUGCUGCUUAAUAACUGUGUGAAAUUUCCUAUCAUGAAAUUUUCUUACAGGCUAUUUAAUAAUGUCAUGUAUGUGUUUGGUUUUAGUGUUUAGAAAUGUCACCUGUACAGUGUAUUUUUAGAUAAGUGUUUUACAAAAUGUAUUAUGCAGUGGUUGGCUUUGAGCUAGAUGAUAGUCUCGAUAGCAUCUGCAGAAUAGAAGUAUACAUGGGCUUAACAUACCAGGAGAUGUUCUGAUUGUAUAGGAGACUCUUAAUUUUUAUUAUUAUUUUUAAUUGCGAUAUGAAAUGUGAUCAGAUUUUACUACCAGCAGUUACUUUUAAAGAGUACAUCUGUAUUGACUGAUAAUAUAUAGAUUAAAUUGUCUUCAUUCCUUACAUGUUUAGAAAUUUUUGCUUUGCCUGCUUACUUGUGUAUGUAAGCAUGAGGGAAAUAAUACUGUUGCUAAGACUAAAAUUACAAUCAAAUAACUAAGGCCUUAAGUUCAUAUGUGACGCUAAAUGCACUACCUUCCUUCAUUCUUUCUGUAACUAAGUUACCUUAACUUUGCCCGUUCUUGUAUUUACAAGAAACAAGUUUAAGAAUUGUAUUCUGAGUAUAUGGUAUGUUAACUUUUUUUGUUUUUUUAAAGAAAUGACAGAGACAAAUGCGUAUCAAAUUCAGAAAUGCUGGUCAAAGAAAACAUAUUCUUAAUUUCUCCUUUAAGUAUCUUAAUUCAGGUUCUUCUAAAGUUGAUAUUAUCUGGUAUGGAAAUUACUUUUGGAUUGUAAUCUUUCAAAAUACACUACUUUGAAAAUGAGUUUUAAUAAUAAGGUAAAAACAGUUCUUAUAGGCUAUAUCCCCAAAUUGUGAUCUGAGACUUUAGAAACAUGUAAGUAAUAGUUUUCCUUUGUGAGCUUGGCACAUUCCUAUUCAGUGAUACUGGUGUGUGCAUAGUUUUUUUUUAAAAAAUGACAUUUAUGAGAAUUAGGGAAAGAUCAAUGCUUACCAUAUGGAGAAACAACAAAACAGGGUAAAUGAUCGUUAUUUUAUAGCUCUCAAGGGAAAUUAAAACUUUGCGUGAAUAAACUGUUUAAA